AUGGAGGGCGAGGCCAACGGGACCCUGCACCCGGCCUGCGGCUCCAGCGAGCCGCCCUACUCGGAGGAGCUUCUCCGGAGCCUAGACCUUCCAGGGAGAUUUCUCUUUGCAACCUUGACUCUGAUGACGCUCAUUGCCAUUCUGGUGUUUAUAGAGGAAGCAGUCUACAUCUACAGGAAAAUCCCCUCCUCCAAAAGAUCAAUCAUAAUUUGGAUUAAUGCUGCAGCACCUGUGAUCUCCACUACUUCAUGCAUUGGCAUGUGGGUUCCUCGCUCAACAAUGUUCACAGAUUUCACAGCAGGAAUAUUUUUUGCCAUAGUUAUCCACAAGUUCCUGAUGAUGAUGAUUAAAGAGUGUGGAGGGCAGAAGGUGCUGCUCAGACGCUUUGAAAAUGGUCACUUCACCAUCACCACCGGCCCCUGCUGCUGCUGCUGCCUCUGCCUCCCUCGUGUGCCCAUCACCAGGCAAACCCUCUUUUGGCUGAAGCUGGGCACCUUUCAGUUUGCUGUCUUUCGGCCUGUGCUCGUAUUUUUAUCAAUAGUGCUUUGGACUAAUGGCAAUUACGUUCUUUACAAUGUGUCUCCCAAAGGACCUGCACUGUGGAUCAGCUGCUUCAUUGGUGCCCUCACCCUUUGUGCUCUGUGGGCAGUAGGAAUCAUGUUUCGAAAAGUUAGGAUUCUCCUUAAGUGUAAGAACAUUAUCCCAAAGUUUGCUCUUUAUCAGUUUAUUGUCAUUCUGAACCACCUGCAGACCACUAUUAUCAACAUAUUCGCUACACAAAAAAUCAUUCCCUGUGCUCCACCACUCUCCUCUACAGCCAGAGGAUCAUACAUUGCCCAGCAGCUGCUCAUCAUGGAAAUGUUUCUGAUAACUGUAAUCUCCAGGGUGUUCUAUCGGAGGAAAUACCACGACCUGGAGCCUCCGGAGUGCAUGGCUGAAGAACCUGGGGACAAGAAGCAGAGUCCUGAGGUUAUCCUCAAUGGUGCAGCUGUGCAAGAUGCAUUGCCAAAGGUUUAGAAGUGCUCCUGUUACGCAGGAGCUGUAAGACCAGCUUCAGGAACUUCUUGCACCAAAAAUAGCCCCUGUCCAUGUCAGAGCAUGGCAUGAGUGCCUGUGAGCUGCAGUGCUGAAAGACCAGUAAAGAUAAUCCUGCUGAUUCUCCAGCCAUGUGGGCAUGGUGUGAGGGCUUUCACACCAUGUAAUUUACUAAGAUUUUAUACCAUUUUAUACUGUUACUGAGCACUUGAUGGUGCCAACCUGUCUUACAAUACAAUUUUAGUUUUAUUUUUUAGCUAUUAGCAUGGCUAUGAUUUAGAGUUAAUUCCAGAGUAAUUAUUUUUCAUCUUUUUUGACUUUUAAAAAAGCUUAUUUCACCCUGGAUUGCUGUCAUAUGUCCAACACAGCAUUUUUCCAUGCUUCCUCCAUAACAACAGAUCAUCUCUCACUCUACACCACGAGCUCACCAUAGCUAAUUCUGAUCAGUAAAUACAAUCUCAUCUUUGUUCUGAAAUCCCCAAACACAUGUGGGCUCUUCACCUACAGAAACAAUGAUGUCUCUGGGGCAAGACUUUUUACAUUCCUACUCAAUUCACCUCCUAAAUUGGUAAAUACAGUUACUGUUUGUGAAUAUGUCAGGUGUUCUUCCUGUGGACAGCAGGUUCUCUGUCACUGGCCUGGAAAAGGAAAGUAGGAGAGUCUGGGAUGUCUCCGGUCUGUGAUGCCAUGUGGUGCUGUGGUUCUCUGCUUGGUGGAUGGGAAUAAUGACACUCAGGGUCCCUGCACUGACAGUGAGGAUGGGAGUCACUGGAAGGGCUGUUGGGGUGCUGGUCAGCAGCCAGCUGGGCAGGAGCCAGCGUGUCCCCAGGCAGCCAGGAGGGCCAGUGGCCCCUGGCCUGGAUCAAGAGUGUGGCCAGCAGGCCCAGGGCAGGGCUGUCCCCCUGGUGAGGCCACAGCCCAAAUCUUUUGUUCAGGUUUGAGCCCCUGAUGACAAAGAGGACAUUGAGGUGCUGGAGUGUGUCCAGAGCAGGGCAAGAGAACAAAGCCAGGCAGAUUGGAGUCACAGGACCCUUUGGGUUGGAAGGGACCUUUAAAGGACAUCCAGUCCAAGCACCUGCAGUGAGCAGGACAUUUUCACCUGGAUCAGGCUGCUCAGAGCCCCAUCCAACCUGAUCUUGAAUGUUUCCAGGGACAGAGCACCUGCCAACUCUCUGG